CGGUUAAUGGCAGUUAGUGUUUGGACGGUGUUUCCAAUUAAUCAGCCGGUUUUCGUGAUCUCAAAUCGUCUCAGCGGUCUAGUGAUACAUAGUUAAGUGACUUUAAGUUUGUCAUAAUGAAAUUCCUGAUCAUCUUUGCCUGCAUCGCCGCUGCCAGUGCGGCUCCCGGAUUCCUCGACGGGUUUGACGGUCAUGGGUUCGAUGGCCAUGGUUUCGACGGUCAUGGAUUCGCUGGGCAUGGCUUCUCGUCGUUUGCCGUUGCCGCUCCGGCCCCUGUGGUGAAAUACGCCGCUCCGGCUCCGGUGGUUUCGGUGGUACACGCUGCUCCGGCGGUCCACGCCGUGGCUCCUGCUCCGACCAUCGUGAAGGCUGCCGUCCCGGCUGCGACCAGUUACGCCUCCAUCCACCAGGUGCACACUCCGGUGGUUCAUGCCGCGCCAGUUGUUAAGUACGCCGCUGCUCCAGUGGUGAAAUAUGCCGCUCCUGCUCCAGUGGUUUCCUACGCUCCGGCCCCAGUAGUUAAGUAUGCUGCCGCUCCUACAUACGUGCAUGCUGCCCCCGCUCCAGUGCUCAAGUACGGAGGAUUCCACGGAUGGUAAAUUCGCCAAAGAAAACCUAUCAACGAUAAUUACCGCCAGUGCUCAGACUUUCUAGCUCUAUAGAAUACUACCGGAAUAUGGCUGAGGGUGGACUUCAUUCGUUUGAGAUCUGCUCUUAUUCAUAAAUCUUUUUUUUGUUAAUUCUGUGCUGUGUUUCAAAUGGAAAUGAAAGAAAACUGUUUCCUGCAGUUGAAUGGAAGCUGUUGUUAUGCGAUUAAUAAAAAAUAUUUGUUCCGUAAAAGUGCAUUACUGAUUCUUUGCUUGCUCUUUCA